GAUGAAGUGUCUGCGCGACCCCUUGCGCCGUCAAGGGACACUGGUCCUUGGGGUUAUGGCUCCCAUCGUAUUAUUCGUACCUUGGAAUUAAUUAAUUAUUUAAAUAAUAAAUAUGAAGUGUAGUUCAUGAGUGAGUUAUGAGUUAUGACACGACACCACCCAUACCUAUCCAAUACUAUACCCUACGAAACAAUGAUCUCUGUCAUUGACGCUCUCCAAACGGUCCUUAACGCCUCGAAACGUCUUUCCCCGCUCACUGUGCCCCUCCACGAUGCCCUGGGCAAGGUCCUCGCCCAAGACGUUCGCGCCCCCGACCCUCACCCUCCCUACGCCGCCUCCGUCAAAGACGGUUACGCUGUCGUCGCCGCCGAUGGCCCCGGCGAGUAUCCCGUUGUCGCCGAAUCAAGAGCAGGAGAUGAUGCUCUCGGCGUCACUCUCUCCCCUGGAACCGUCGCUUACGUCACUACUGGAGGACCCAUUCCUGAUGGUGCGGAUGCAGUUGUUCAGGUUGAGGAUACUGAAAUAGUGAACGAUGUCUCUGACGGGACUAAGCGGGUCAGAAUAUUGGUGCAAACCACCAAAGGCAAUGAUAUACGCCCGGUGGGAUUUGAUAUUGAGAAAGAUGCUGUAGUGUUGACAUCUGGAGAACGGUUAGGUGCUUCAGAAAUUGGCUUGCUUGCUACAGUUGGUGUGACGAUGGUUAAGGUGUAUCCUACUCCAACAGUUGCUGUUCUUUCUACUGGGGACGAGCUUGUGGAGCCAAGCACUGGGCAUCUGGGCCGUGGUCAGAUUAGGGACUCUAAUCGUGCCAUGCUGCUGGCAGCUGCAGUUCAGCAUCAGUGCAAAGUUCUGGACUUUGGUAUUGCUAAGGAUGACAAAGAAUAUCAAGGAAAGAUCUUGGAUGAAGCUUUUGCUUCUGGAAUUCAUAUCCUUCUAACUUCAGGAGGUGUUUCAAUGGGAGACAAAGAUUUUAUGAAGCCUUUGCUUGAAAAGAGAGGAAAAGUACAUUUUGAUAAGGUCUGUAUUAAACCUGGCAAGCCAUUUACGUUUGCAGAGAUUGACCUUCAAUCAACUGAUAGUAAAAUUCUAGCUUUUGGGCUACCAGGAAAUCCCGCCAGCUCUAUAGUUUGCUUCCAUCUCUUUGUGGUCCCUGCUAUACGCCACCUUGCGGGGUGGACAAAUCCUCAUCAUUUGAGGGUACAGGCUCGGCUUUGUCAACCCAUAAAGACAGAUCCAGUUAGACCAGAAUAUCAUCGUGCUUCUGUUAUAUGGACUGACAAUGAUGGAACAGGCAAUCCAGGUUUUGUUGCUGUGAGCACUGGUCAUCAGGUGAGCAGUCGACUGCUUAGUAUGAAGUCAGCUAAUGCCUUGUUGGAGUUUCCAGCAACAGGCACUACAAUUUCUGCCCGGACUGCUGUGUCAGCUAUCAUAAUUUCUGACAUAAGACCCAUGGCAUGUGAUGAGAAUCAUAAGUCAUCAGACUCAGCCUUAGCUUUGCCAGGAAUUAAAUCAGAUAAAAUAACUACCGAUUCUUCAGGGGAUGCUGAAGUCAGAGUGGCUAUUCUUACAGUUAGUGAUACAGUUGCUAUGGGGGCUGGCCCAGAUCGAAGUGGUCCCAGGGCAGUUUCUGUUAUUAAUUCUUCUUCAGAAAGACUAGGAGGAGCAAGAGUUGUAGCAACUGCUGUGGUUCCAGAUAAUGUGGCAAAAAUUCAGGACAUUCUAAGAAAAUGGAGUGAUAUUGAACAAAUGGAUCUUAUAAUUACUCUUGGGGGGACUGGCUUUACCUCAAGAGAUUUAACGCCAGAAGCUACAAAACCAUUGAUUGAAAAAGAAACACCUGGUCUUCUACAUGUAAUGAUGCAAGAGAGUUUAAAGGUGACCCCAUUUGCAAUGCUUUCACGUUCUGCUGCUGGAAUCAGAGGAUCAACCUUGAUCAUUAACAUGCCUGGAAACCCAAAUGCUGUUGCUGAGUGUUUGGAAGCUUUAUUGCCAGCACUUAAGCAUGGGCUGAAGCAGCUCAGGGGAGACAAGAGAGAAAAACAUCCUCGUCACGUUCCUCAUGCUGAAGCAGUUCCUGCAGAUGUGUGGGAAAAGAGUUAUAAGUUAGCCACUGGCGCUGGCUCCGACGUUUCUUGUUCCUGUUGCAAGUGAAGUUAACUAUAUUUUCUCAUUUCCUUCAGCCUCGUGCCCCCAUGUUUCUCUAGGGAAUAGUUACAGUUAUCAUCCAAUGCUCGAAAAUUUUAUCUUCAUGUUUGAUCAUAAAACUAAAAUUUUGAAUGGUGAGAAUCCUAAUUAACUGCAAGAUGAUUAAAAAAGACACACAAAAUAUGAGGAGAAUAGAAUUAUGUAUUGUUAUCUUUAAAGGCAAUUUGAUAGAUCGAUUUUUUUUUUCUUUCCAAAAAACAUUGAAAACUAUGCAAAGAAAGGUUAGUCUUGGGAUGAUAGAAUAUUGUAUUAAGACUAAUGAGUAAUGAUACAAUGAAAAUAAGUUUGAGGAGAAAUUUUGUUUUUCCUUUUGAAAAAUAUUUCAGAAUUUAAUCUUUCUCUCUGUUAGAAACAUGGACAAGCAGUUGUAAGUUAAAAAAUAUCACAAAAUAUUUAUAUCGGCUCACCCUACGUUUCAAAGUUACAUCUAGUCAGUCCUUGACAGAACCAAGAUUUCUAUUUAGACGACCGGAAGACAAAAAGAAAAUACGUAAGUAUUUUUUUGAAUGAAUCUCUUUUGGUAUUACAUGCAUUUUUUUUUCAAAGAGAGAAAAUAUAAUUAUUGGCUUAUGAUAUGUAGUAAGAAUGAAAAAGAGAUUUCUUAUAAAAAAAAAAGAAUGAAAAAGUGAUUGUUGUUUUAAGUCUCUAGCUAAAGAAUAUAUUUCGAGAGAAUGUGAGCUAGUUAGUUAGGAUUUGGAGUUAAUUCAGUUUUAAAGUAGCUAUCAUUUACAUUCUCUUCAGAAAAAAAAAAAUGGAUACCAAAA